AUGGACCAGCCCAUCGACGAGGAAGCAGAGCAGAUUGCGCGUCUAGUUGCCGAAUCUCGGGCUGUCAUCAAGUCGCCCGUGUCUAACCUUCCGCAACGCCAUCGGGAUGUUUUCGAGCGGGCAUUGCGCCGAGUACUCUCUACGGACUUGGCGCAAGUCACAUACGCCCAGAUCAUCGAUGGAUUCCCCGUUGUCAAUGUGGCCGAGGACAUGCGUGGAUGGGGCAUCGACCCCGAUCAUCCUGUCUUUCGCGACAACCACGAUAAGCUGUGUCCCGGGGCUUGGGAGAGAUUGACCGAGUUCCGUGACUCGUUCGACAUUGACGUCUUGAGCAUGGACGAGAGACUCUUACAUUCCUAUGCCACCGCAGCUGCUGACUCCCUUGCAUUCGAGACGAGAUUGAUCGAGAUUAUUGCGGUAGCACUCCACCAGUUAGCUGUCAUACUCUACAACUUGGGGGAUCUGGGAGUACAUGACGAGUGGAAGUCUUGGAGGCCCCCGAACCGCUAUGUCGGGUCAGACUAUUGGCCCGACCCGGAACCCUUUGCUACCCUGUUCUUCGUUUAUGAAUUCGAAGAGCACCUACAAUACCCCGAGGGUAUAGCCGACAUGGUAGGGUACUGGGCUGAAAACCGGAUCCUGGGAGGGGUGGUGCUCUUCGACCGAGGGGAGUCAGGCAAUGAGUGUCGUGAGGUUUAUUUCCAUUCAUGCCGCGCCAACGUAACGGUCCGUAUAUACGCUCUCACAAGCGGACAGAAGGAGAGGCUCUGGACCUUCUUGCUGUCGGACGGUUCGGGUGUCGAGACCAAUGUUUUGCUUAUUCUUGGCGACUCCAAGAACAGGGUCCGUAUCGACACAGAGCAUGCCAUUCCAAUGUUCCACGUCUACAGGGACAAGUGGGAACGAAAAGUCAUGACUGAGUGGGAAGCAAGCUUGGCCCGUCGAGACUACAUGGAACCGAUAGAUUACCCAGAGAUUGAGGAUUAUCGAGACGGAGAAGGUAGCUAG